GCGGGGCGUGCACGCCUCUUCCGCCCUGGGCCCGGAAGGGUGAUGUGGCUGGGGCUUCGCCGGCCUCACUAUGUCUGCCAUUUUCAAUUUUCAGAGUCUGUUGACUGUAAUCUUGCUGCUUAUAUGUACCUGUGCUUAUAUCCGAUCCUUGGCACCCAGCCUCCUGGACAAAAAUAAAACUGGAUUGUUGGGUAUAUUUUGGAAGUGCGCCAGAAUUGGUGAACGGAAGAGUCCUUACGUUGCAGUAUGCUGUGUAGUGAUGGCCUUCAGCAUCCUCUUCAUACAGUAGCUUGGAAGAAUAUCAGAAUUUAAUUGCUAUCAGAUUUCAGUAUGAAAAAAGGACUUAUUUACAGAAAAUAAUGGAAUGAAUGGUUAACCCUUUUAUCUCUGAACAUUGAAUGAGAUAAAUUUCCAGCUGCUGUUCUCUAUUUUUAUUAUUGGACCAAUGUUCUAUAUAAAUAGGAUGUAACCAUUUAAUACUCGAAGAGGUUAAUAUGUCUGUAACAAUCAACCUCAAUACCAUCACUACAAUAUUACAUUCUGCAAAUGUUAUUCUGUUAUGUCAGAUACCAGUUUUUAGUGAGGUAUCUCUAAGGCGCAUAAUAGAAAACAAAAUUGGCAAAUGACCCAAGUUUCUUUCACUGUGAUUCGGGAAUGAUAAAUCCUUAUAGAAUGAGACAUUUUUCUGGACUAGCUUUUUUAUUGGAAAAAAAAAAAGGUUCCAUUUGUGUUGGUAAGGAUUGCAUUCAUAUUUAAUAAUGCUUGCUUUUUCCUCUGGUCACACCAGAGCAUUAACAGAGUACCUCGAAGCAAACUCUCUAGUGUAUCCCAGGUGUUUCAGCCUUUUAUAACAAGCCUAUGCAGUUCUUAAGGAAGAAGAUAAAUGAGAUCAGACUUAAGAGUAGUACCGGGAAGAUGUUCACACUUAGCAUAAAAGAGUUUAGAAUAGCUGACUGGCAUAGUAGCCUCUGAAAACUCUGGAUAAGUAUGGAUAAAGAUCUUAAGCAUAAAUUUGACCAGCUGUCAUUCUCUAAAUAAGACUGCAUUCUUAGAGUGAAAGUAGCAAAAUAGAACAAUUAAUUACAGAAUGAUUAUCCUAUUUGUGUUUUUCAUUCUUUUAUUCUUUUUAGUGUCAGGUCUCCACUUAUUUUAAUUGCCCCAAAACACAAACUGUAUUUUGUUUGUUUUUAAAUACAGCACUUUAAAUAUCGUUUACUUUUUGUGUCAACUUGAACUAGAAUCUUCUGCAUAACUCAGUAGGUGAUGGUAACAGUUUUCAAAUCUGCUUAUCCAUAUACCUUGUCAUAAGUAUCUUUGAGUUUUGAUAACAAAGAAAGAGCUUCAACGGUUUCCAUCAAAGCAAGUGAAACAUUUGGAAUGUGACUUAAAAAUUUUGCAGUAGAGCAGUUAUUAUAAGUUUAGUUAUCAUUUCUUAAGUUUCAACUGAAAUUCUGUUAGAAUUUUGAAGCUAAGAGGAACUUAAACAUCUUAGCUAAAAAUUGCCCAUCGUAGGUAGUACUAAUUAGAUAUUGUCCUCAGCUAUUAAUUCCUUUUCUUUUUUUAAGAAAAUAUUUAGAGUUAUUUGAAAGUGAGUCUGCCAGUAGCUCUUUCUGUAGAAACAAAGUUUGGAACUAAAAGCCAUCUAUUUUUAAAGAACACUUUAAAGUACUUGAAAAGAAUUCUAGGAAACAUGUAAGAAAAGCUUGUUAAGCAUUGCCUCUUAAAAAGAUAAAAGCUGCUGUAAGCUAUCAAUAUAAUUGUUUAUUUUCUAUUUUUGGCAUAUCUCACUUGCUAAAAGUUGUAUAUUUUGCUUUAGGCAGGGAAUCAGGUUAUGAUCAUUGUGCCUACUCUGAACUGUCUCUUGGGCUUUGCGUCAGGUCAAGACUUUUCAGGGUAUCCUAAAAAUAGGACUCUUAUCAGCAUAUACAUGCAGAGUAAGUCACCUUUCUGGGUCUGGCUUCAGAGUGGCCAUCUGUUGUCCCACUCUGUUGCCAACUAGACUUUCCAAAAGCUAUGUCAACUAAUUUUUUAUAUGCUAACAAAAAUCUAAUAUGAAUAAAGGGAAGAAUAUUCUAGAUAAUCAGUUCUAGGGCAUUUCUUUAAUUUUGGCAUUUUGGAGAAGGUAGGUGGAAAGUGAAGGAAGAAAUAAGUUCUUUGAAAAGUUUGUGGUAACAUACAAAAAAUCUUGCUGUGUGUAGAUGCUCAACAGAGUGGGAGGCAGCUUAUUUCUGACCCCAGACACUGUGACCUUUUGAAACACAAGGUCUUUGGGAGAUAGAGGAUUCUAUGAAGAAAAGCAAUUAACAUCUUCUUUAAUGUACUUUUUUCAAAGAGCUACCACUGAAUCCUAUUCUCUACCCCAAAGGGCAGCGUAGGUAGUUUUAGGCCCACAGAAUAUUCAGAUAUUCCUGUUGCAGUCUUGGUGGGGUGGUAGGAUGCAGAAGAGGAUUAAGGAUCAAUUUAGCACCAGAUAGACUGCCUCUGUCACAUAGUCUUACUGCAGGGCUGGAAGGGGUGGAUGGUGGGCACGGAUGUCCACAGCUUCCAAGGUUUGGAUACUCUCCCUAACCUCUUUCCUGGCUCCAGAAUUUUUUGAUUCCAUCUCUCCUGGAAAUUGUUCUGUGCUGAUACUUGGUUCCUGAAUGGCCUCAGCUUUGUCCAUGGCAGGAGCCAGUCUUCCUUCUGGGCAGUCUUAAAAAAUGGUCAAUUAAAAGGCCACUUAGUCUGUUGAAUUCCCUCCGUAGCUUAAAAAAAUUUGGACUCAAGUCCAGUGUCUCGUAAAUGCCUGUGCCAGGCACUUUCCAUGUUCAAGUUCAAAACAGCCUCUUCACACUGGGGAUAAUAGAAAUAGGUCAUCUGUAACGGAUUUCUGCAUCUUAGUAAUAUGCACAUCAAUAGAAGAGGUCAGAAUGAAGUGACUUCUCCAGGUGGACAGAGUGAACAAUGAACAGGUCUCUGCCUAGUUUUGUGGGAAAGACCUAGCAUUUGUAUAUAGAAUUUAUACAUUUGACCCUUCUUUCAAGAAGCAUUUAUGGAGUAUACAGGACCUUAUCACUGAAGACAGAAAAACAAGUACAUAAUUUCUGUCCUCUAGUAGUGCACAGUGCAAUAGAUGAGAGAGAUGAAAUUAUUUAUACAAAGUGCAAUGUGAUAGCGUUUAUUAUUGAAAUAAUGCCAGGAUUCUGGAAGAAAAUAAGGGUGACAACUUAGAGGUAAGAAUUUCCUGCCAGAGAAGCAGUGCUUAAGCUGAAUUUAAGAGCCAUGUGCAUGUCAUGAACCAUAAGUACCUAGCUUGUUGUGCCACUUGGGGAGUAUUAAGACGAUAAGCCUAUAAAGGUGGACAGAGGUUAGAUCCUAGAGGGUCUUGUAUUUUUUCUCACUAUUACCUACCUCAAAAUUGAAGUUGAAUACAAUGUUCCCUCCUUCCUGGAAAAAAAAAAAAAAACCUUUGGUGUAUGUGUAAACAAGGUUAAGUAUAUCCAUGCCAACCUUAAUUUGGACCAGGAAUACAAUAGUAUACUCUCCAGAGACUCCCCUGUGUAGUAUCUAAAGCCAAGGUAACAUUAGUCAGGUCAAGUAUUUUCAGCUCAUACUCCGUCAAUGCCUAAAAAGCAGCCAUGAUUCUCAGAGCACACAUCUGCACAAGAAGUGGAGGUGGUUGCACUGUCUACGUUUCCCGUGUGCACAGGAAAGAUUUCUAGUAAGCAAGGACUUGUACUCUCUUCAAAAGCUUUGGGAAGGUGCUGGAUCAUAAAAGGCUGAAAGGAAUUGAAGAUUCUUAGGGACCACUUUGAACUUUAUUUGGUGUUCAGUAAACAGUAGAUGUUCAAAAUAGAAGUAACUGAGUAAUAGCGUUGUGACUACGAUAGCCUUGUUAGUCUCAAUCAGCAAGUUACCGCUGGCUUCCAAAAAUAGCUUCGUAAUUAUGUCAUUUAUAUACUGCCUUCCAUGAUUUCUUUUACUUUGCCGUAAACUAAUCCCAAAAUAAUCUGAAAUGCACCUCUGACAUCAAAAAAGGGGGAAGGUGGAAAUCUAUUUCCUGUGAUUUUAAGAGAACAGAAUCAUCCUACUCUGGUUAGUGAACAUGUCUGUGGUGUGUAAUAAAAAUCAGAACGAACUCUCAAGAGCCUCCCAAUUUUGUCUUACUGUCAGAUGAGUAAG